GUGAGAGAGGGAGGGAGGCCGGGCAAGUGGUCAGUGUUACGAAGGACAAGUAGGAGUGUACACUCCCUCGCCUCCGCCACACUGCUGACAUACGUGUGAUAGAUUUAGAGGCUGAUUCCGCCUUCGUAUCCCAGCCUGAGAUCAGAUCUCUUUGUGGACUGAGCAUUUAGACUAUUGCAGGCCUACAUAGUCAUCACAAACUGGUAUGAUGUCAGUGAUGGGCCGGAGUGUAAGUCUGGUGGUUGUAGCGGUGCUCAUACCUCAUACAGCAAUGCAGAUUUUCUUCCUCUUCCACUGUCCUCCACAGACUGCUUUCACCAGCUUUAAUGUGUCCUUGUUCCUGGGUAAAUGGUACGAAAUCAAGAGAUAUUUUACCCUAUACGAGUAUGGCGGCCGGUGUAAUGCUAUUACCUUCACUGAUAAAGGGAACGGAUUCUAUGGUGUCCUCAACGAGCAGAUUGUGUUGGGCAGUGUCUGGGACACUAUUGAAGGAGAGGCUGCGCUUGUCAGUCCUGGCAGCGGCCAAGCCACGUUUUCCCUCAAUUACAGCAGUUUAUUAUUUCUAGGGAUGGGUGCUGUUGGAAGCAAAGGCAACUACUGGGUUCUCAGCACUGACUAUGUGAAUUAUGCCAUCGCCUGGGCCUGCCUAGACAUGUCAUAUAUUAAUACCCAGAUGCUGUGGAUACUGAUGAGGAAGAGGCAUCCAGAUCCCCAGGA